ACAGAUCCAUUGCCCAUUGGGUUCUUACUCAGUUUACUGAUUUACCCGGAAAAAAGAAGGCAAGCCAUUUCAGGUUCUGGAAUCAUUCCUUCCAACCUCUCUAGGCUCUCCCUCUCUGUCUGACGGUUCGGCAAUGGAGAUUCCUUCGAUUUCCAGGAAUCCAAGACCCUUUUUCUCUUCUUCGAAAGAGUCUUUGUUGUUCAAAAGAGUUAAGCUUUCUUCAUGGAAUCAACAUCUGGUGUCCAUUUCGUUGAAUUCAAGAACUGCACCGCCUUUAUUAGGCCGGUACAGUUCUCUAGUUCAGAAGGAGAACCCAUUGAAGGUUAUAUGCUGUCAAAGGAAAGAACUUCCGGUUUUGGAGGCCAGUUCUAUGGAUGAGAUCUUUGAUACUUUGGCUGAACGUUUGCUUCCUACAUCAGCAUUAGCAUCAAAUCCCAAUGCAAAGCAUAUUGUAGGUUUAGCUGGCCCUCCUGGUGCUGGGAAAAGUACUCUAGCUGUUGAAGUUAUGCAGCGUAUAAACAAGUUAUGGCCCCAGAAGGCUCGAUCUUUUGAUUCUCAAGUUAAGCCUCCAGAUGUGGCUAUAGUUAUUCCAAUGGAUGGGUUCCAUCUAUAUCGUUCCCAGCUAGACGCAAUGGAGAAUCCAGAAGAAGCACAUGCAAGAAGGGGAGCUCCAUGGACUUUUGACCCCAUGCUACUGCUUAAUUGCCUGAAUAAUCUAAGGGAUCAGGGGUCUGUUUAUGCACCUUCAUUUGAUCAUGGUGUUGGAGAUCCUAUUGAAGAUGAUAUCUUUGUGAGCCUUCAGCAUAAGGUGGUCAUAGUAGAAGGUAAUUAUCUGUUGUUGGAAGAGGGGGUUUGGAAGGAGAUAUCGUCUAUGUUUGACGAGAAGUGGUUCAUUGAUGUUGACCUUGACACGGCAAUACAACGAGUUUUAAAAAGGCAUAUUUCAACAGGAAAGCCCCCUGAUGUUGCACAAUGGCGGAUUGACUAUAAUGAUCGACCAAAUGCUGAAAUUAUAAUGACGUCAAAGAAAAAUGCAGACCUGGUAAUCAGGUCUGUUGACUUCUGAAGGUAAAUGGUUAAAGUAACUUUCAAACCAGAUGAAAAUUUUCACUACGUAAUGGAUGAAUUGCAAUGUAAAUGUUGAAUCCAGUAGGAAAGAUGACUUCAAUAAUACAAUUUCUGCGGAUUGUAGAAGUUGAUGUCAUUAAUGGAAAACACUUAAUUGUUCAUUGCUCAUUGGUUUGAAUGACAAUACAUAUAGAACAAAACCAUUUUACUGUAA